GAAAACUCGUGCCUAAAGCUCAUCAAAAGCUUAUUGAUGAGAAUAAAGAUCAUACUGGAGGCGAAGAAGAGGUGGCGAUUAAUAGAGCUGGAAACGUUAAAUUUAAAUCUGAUAUAGUAGACAUCAAAUCAUUCCAACAACUUACUGAUAUAAUGAAAAAUUCUGUUCAAGAAAAUAAAAAUGUUAAAGCUGUUGGAUCUUUUGCAGCUUUUAGUAAAGUAACAGAAACAAACGGAUACCUUCUAAAACCAGAGAAAAAUUCUUAUGUAACAAAAACGGAUUUGAAAAUAUUAAAUGAAGAAGCUUUAUCUCAAGCUCAAAAAGAUGAUAUUGUAUAUUAUGAUGUGAGGUGGGGAACUGUGAUUUAUGAAAUUCUUCCCGUCUUGAAAAAAGAUAACAGGGCUUUUUUUAACGUUGGUGGAUGGACGGGACAGGAUGUCAUUGGUAUAAAUGCAACAUCUACUCACGGUAGUGGCAUCAAACUACCACCCUUGUGCUCACUCAUAGUUUCUGUAUUAAUGGUUGUUCCAGGAGACAAAACUUAUAAAGUAGAACCAACAAAAGGAAUCACGGAUCCUUUCAAAUUUAGUCAGAAAUUUCCAAAUAUAACUUUAAUCCAAGAUGAUACAACGUUUAAUGCUGCUGUCGUAACUAUUGGCGCUCUUGGUGUGACCUAUGAAGUGACUGUUUGGACAAUUCCCUUGUAUAACGUUAUAGAAAGAAGGGAGCAAACUACUUGGACACAAGCCAAAACUAUCUUAAAACAGAAACCUUAUUCCACAAAUCCCUAUUUGAAAUUCCGUAAUACUGAAAUUUGGAUAAGCCCAUAUACAGAUUACGCUUUGAUUACUUUAAGAGAUUUGGCGACAAAUGAAGACGUAAAAAACUAUCCAAAACCUAGGAUCAAGGAACUCUUUCAAGAAUUUAUUUCAUUACCUGUGGUAGAAGAAGUAUCAAAAGUUUUGAGCAUUGAUGUGGGUGGGGCUUUAUAUUUGUUAUUGCACCUGUUCCCAGCUAUAAUACCAUUUGUCAAUGAAGAAGCUUUGAGAUCUCAAUAUCACAAAGAUCCAGUUGUCGAUAGCUAUGAAUUAAUUUAUAAUGCUUUCGGUUAUGGGUUUGUUAAUGAUUUUAAAGUAAUUUCGGUAGAAUUUUCAUUUUCAAUGAAAGAUGAUAACCACAUAUUAGCAACAGAUGCAAUUUUGAAUACACUUAAAGAAUUACGAGAUAAGCACCAUUUAAAUAUUCAUGGGCCAGCUUCUAUGAGGUUUUCUGCUGCUUCGCCACAAUAUCUUUCUAUGGGAAAUGGAAGUAGCGAUGAGACCAGAGCAUAUUUGGAAAUGAUAAUUUUG